ACGGGGACGCGGGGCUCCGCCGCCCCAUGCCCGGCUCCCGCGGCCGCUCUGCCGCCGGGCGCGGCUGCAUGGGGGGCCCCCUCUAAGCGCCGCGGCCGCAUCGGAGCAGCGCCCGGGCCCCUUCCCCCGCCCCCCGUUGCCCGCCCCCGCUGCCAGCCAUGUCCUACCCGCAGGGCUACCUCUACCAGCCGCCCGGCUCGCUGGCGCUCUACUCCUGCCCGGCGUACGGGGCCUCGGCGCUGGCGGCGCCCCGCAGCGAGGAGCUGGCCCGCUCGUCGUCGGGCUCGGCCUUCAGCCCCUACCCGGGAUCCGCCGCCUUCACCGCCCAGGCGGCGGCCACCGGCUUCGCCAGCCCGCUGCAGUACUCUGCCGACCCGGCCGCGGGAUUCCCCUCCUACAUGGGCUCGCCCUACGACGCGCACGCCACGGGCAUGAGCGGGGCCAUCGGCUACCACCCGUACGGCAGCCCCGCGUACCCCUACCAGCUCAACGACCCGGCCUACAGGAAGAACGCCACGCGGGACGCCACGGCCACGCUCAAGGCCUGGCUGCAGGAGCACCGCAAGAACCCCUACCCCACCAAGGGCGAGAAGAUCAUGCUGGCCAUCAUCACCAAGAUGACCCUCACGCAGGUCUCCACCUGGUUCGCCAACGCCCGGCGCCGGCUCAAGAAGGAGAACAAGAUGACCUGGGCCCCCCGCAACAAGAGCGAGGACGAGGACGAGGAGGAGGGCGACGCGGGGCGGAGCAAGGGGGGCAGCCCGGGCAAGGGGCCCGAGGGCCACGAGACCUUGGCGGAGGACGAAGGGAUCAGCUUGCAAGUGGACUCGCUGACGGAUCACUCCUGCUCGGCCGAGUCGGACGGCGAGAAGCUGCCGUGCCUCGCCGGGGACGCUCUGGGCGAGUCCGGCUCCGAGGGCAAGGAGGAGGAGGACGACGACGACGACGAGGGCGACGGAGACCUGCCCGCCAAGCCGGCCGUGACUACCUCGCCGCUCACGGGCGUGGAGGCGCCGGUGCUGAGCCACCCGCCGCACGACGGCCCGGCGCGGCCCCCCGGCAAGGGCGCGCUGGACAGCAGGGUUUCCCCAGCGCCGCCCACGCAGGCCGCCAAGCCCAAGCUCUGGUCGCUGGCUGAAAUCGCCACGUCGGACCUCAAGCACCAGAGCCUGGGCCAGAGCUGCCAGCCGCCGGCCUUGGCCGCCGCCACCCCCGCCUCCGCCCCGCACAGCUCUGCCUACUCCCCCUCCUCCCUCCUGGGAAGGCAUAUUUAUUACACUUCGCCUUUUUAUAGCAAUUACACAAACUAUGGGAACUUCAACGCUCUCCAGAGCCAGGGGAUCCUGCGAUACAACUCCGCCGCGGUGGCUUCCAACGACGGACUAAGCCAGACUGUGCUAAACACCAGCUCUGUCCACAAGCAGAGCACUGACUCUUUGAAAACCAUCACUAACCAGCUCGAGCAGCAUUACAGGUCCUCUAGUUACGAGCCCAAGAAAGGCGAGUUUAGCUGCACUGUGCUUGUUUGGACGAUCAAUAGCAGCACCUCCAAGGACAGACAACUCUGCCGGCGGUCCUCACAGCGAUGAGCCCAAUAUUGAAGCUGGACAGGAAUAAAAUAUCCCACUGAAGUCUGCACAGUAGGAGCACAACCAUACCUAUAGAAGUGCAAUCACACAGCAAUGCAAGUAGGUGUCACAAUUGCUUUGAAAAAAGUCAGCAAGCCAUCAUCUCUCCCCAAGCUAAUAUAUAUAAUAAAUCUUUAAAUCCGGAUCACAUCUUGUGCCACUGUAUAAAAGAAGACCACAGAGCACUAUUAAAUCUACAGACUCUAAUUAUUCAAAGAGAACUUUGUUGGACAUAUGUGAGUUUGCUGGUAUAGUAUAGUUUCCAAAAUGUAUGUGUGACUUUUGAAAACAGAUCUGUUUUUCUCAGGAUAUCUUGAAUUGAUCACUUCAUUGCCACGGUAUAUAUUCUAUAGGUGUGAUAGGAUUUAUUGUAAAAUUUAUUUGUAAAAGAUGUAUACAGUAGAGAUAAUAAAGAUGUGAUUGGAGAACUUGAGUACUUACAAAGUGGAAACAAAUUUGAUAUUUAUUUUUGUAAUGAUAUAAAAGCUUCUAGUAAUUUAUGCAAGUUGUAUUGCAAUGGAAUCCGAACUUUUUGUAAAUAAAUUUUGCUUGGUUUUUAUUUGAAACGUUGAUGGUUAUACAAUCUUUGGUUGUUUAACGAGAAUUCUUUACUAAUUUAUAUCUUUAAUUGUAAAUAAAAACAGACUAGUCUGCAACA